GCUUUGAUGUGCUUAAUACCAGACUACCCUUCAACCUUUUGUUCAUCUCAAAUUUUGACCUCUUUUCGGUGGUAAUUGUAUCAUGUGUAUUUUGCAUUUAAAGAACUUAGACCUGAUCUCUUUCAAAUCAUGAUUUAGGUGUUUCAUAGCAAUGCAAAAGCUAUUUCGUUUGAAGUUAUUGGCUAGGAAACUGGACUGGUAUCAAAAUUUCAUGGUAGAGAUAUAUAUCCGUGAUUAUCACUAGUCUUGUGUGUUGUGAUACUAAGCCCCAUUUGCUCACACAUUCUAAGUUAUGCUGAUAUAUUUGCCACCAUUUCAUUUGCUGUGAUGAUGUGAUCUUUUAUGUAGUCAAUAUUAAUUGCAGGUCUUGAAGUUCAAUCUUACUGAAUCAGGAAGUUGUGCCAUUUUGCCAUGGUUUACUAUGUCAUUCUCUGCAAAUGCUGGAGGAUGGAUUGCAGAUUCAUUGGUGAGGAAAGGUGUAUCAGUGACUGUAGUGAGGAAGGUAAUGCAGACAAUAGGGUUUCUUGGACCAGCUUUCUUUCUAAGUCAGUUGAGCCAUGUUGAUUCUCCAGCAAUGGCAGUUCUGUGCAUGGCAUGCAGUCAGGGAACUGACGCUUUUUCACAGUCCGGAUUAUAUUCAAACCAUCAGGAUAUUGCUCCCCGGUAUUCAGGGGUGCUUUUAGGGCUAUCAAAUACAGCUGGAGUGCUGGCGGGUGUUUUUGGAACUGCAGCUACCGGAUACAUCCUGCAACAUGGUUUCCACCCUUCAACUGUUUCCUCUCAAGUUUUGUUGGACUUCUUUGCCCCCUUUGGUUACACAUAAUUUUUUUCCACUCUCCAUUUUAACAUUCUAAAUCUUUAUUUUCCAUGUGAAAACUUUAAAAUAUGUUCAAGUACAAUUUGCUUCAGCAUGAUGCCAGUAAUCAAAUAUGUACUAGAAAAAUAUUAUACCCCCUCCGUCCCUUUGGACUUUUUCAUGUUUGACUUUUCUGGUCAAAUAGAAAAAUGUUCUUUAUGAAAUACAAAAUUUAUAACAUCUUGUUCCUGAUUAACAAUAAUUUUACGUGUUCCUUGUUCGUGAUAUAACCAUGCUGAUUCCGAGUCUUGUGUCUCAGGUUCUUGGGACGAUGUUUUUAAUGUUUCAGUGGGGCUAUACUUGGUUGGAACCGUGGUAUGGAAUCUCUUUUCAACCGGAGAAAAGAUUUUGGACUGAGUCUUAUUUCAGUGGAUCCAGUUCAUACUUUGGUCUUGAACAUAGGCAGACCAGCAGGUUCACAAUGGAUUUUUGUAAACUGAAUUUGCAUUGAUCAAGGUGAUGGUUUCCACAGCUGCACCGACCGUUUUAACCGUUGAUUCAUCGGUGUGUGUACAGUUACUUGAUGAAAAUGUGGCCAAAACAUAUAUUGUAUACAUCUUUGAUCUUUCCGUGUUUAACCCUGCGCUGAUUUGUACAUAUAGAACUCGAUUUUGGCGCGAAGGACCUCAGUACUUGGGCAGGUUUGAAAAUGGAUCACAAUUAGAGGGGAUUUUAAUUAUAAAUUGAUUUUUAUUAG